AUGGCGUCUCGUGUUGACAUAUCCUUCUUCUUCUCACUCGUCUUGGCAACCUCACUUGCAUUCAUUGCUCUUGGUUCGUACCGGCUGUGGGCUCUGCGUCAUGAGUCGGUCAAAGUAAAGCCGAAUUGGCUCGCUGUCAUUAAACCCCUCGUAGCCUUGACUCUACCCGCGAUAUUGCUUGUUGAUUUGGCACUGAAUCUGUCAGAGGGGCAUAAAGAGCGCUUGGAAACUGCAUCGCGCAGUGCAUCCUUGAUUGCGUCCGCCCUUUUGGUUUGGCUGUCGGUGGCAGAGCACAAGCGUUCCAUUCACCCUUCUACUCUCGCGGUGCUCUAUCUACUGCUCACCUGUUCUUGGGAUGCCUUUGCGUUGACGUACCCCGGCUUCUCUGAGAUUCGAAAUGGCGGCAGAACCAAUGCGGCCUUGGUGGCAGGGUUUGCGUCUCGGCUCGCGAUAUUGACGCUCGAGUGUCGAGAAAAACAAUCCAUAUUGACCCCAAAGUAUAGCAAUCGUUCUCCAGAAGAAACCGCCGGGUUGAUUAGCUCUCUGCUUUUCUGGUGGAUGAAUGAACUGUUGAGUCGGGGCAACAGGAGCAUCUUGCGUGGUACUCAGCUGCCGCCUCUGGAGAGAGAGCUGGAGGCUGAGCGCCUUCGCCGGGAUAUCUUGCCAUCGUGGGAGAGCAGAUCAAAACCUGAAACCAUCUUGACGCUGCCGAAAGUCUUGCUGCGGUGUCUUUCAGGGCCCUUUCUUUCCGCCACUUUCCCGCGCUUAGGCCUCGUCGCUUUUAGAUGUUGCCAGCCUAUACUCAUUGAAAAGGCCGUUCGGUUUGUUCAGGGAUAUACAAAAGAAGAUGAUACUAAUGAGGGAUAUUGGUUAAUGGUGGCGGCUGUUGUCGUCUACUUGGGCCAGACGUUUUCGUCAUCGAGAUACUUUCAUCGUCUCAACAAGCUUGAACUCAUGAUUCGCGGAUGCCUCACGACGUUAAUCUACAACAAAACAUUGGCCAUCGGCUCGCACGUUUCCGACACGGGCAAAGUAUUAACCAUUAUGAGCACGGACGUCAAUGGCGCAGCUGAAGCAGGAAAGAUGUUUCACGAAGCCUGGGCUAAGCUCUUUGAGCUUGUGUUUGGCAUAAUCCUUCUGAUUCGAGAAGUCAAGUGGCUUGCUCCACUCCCUUUUAUCAUCAUCAUCUUUUGCUCUCAGAUUAGCCGUUAUGUGGCAAAAAACAUUCGUUCCAGACAAAAGGGCUGGAAUAUGGCCACUCAACGGCGGAUAUCGGCCUUGAGCUCGAUCCUCGGGUCGAUGAAAAGCGUCAAAGCUCUGGGAGUAUCAGGAGCGAUGAUGGACUAUGUUGACAAGCUGCGACAAGACGAGAUCAACAGCUCAAAGAGAGUUCGCUGGAUGAAUGCCAUUUAUAACGCGAGUGCAAAUGCUCUUGGAAUUUUUGCGCCGGCAGCCACCAUCGUGGUAUAUGCCAUUGUGGCUCGCCUUCAAGGUUCGCAACUGAGCGUCAGCACUGCGUUCACCACUGUUGCCAUCUUGGCCCUCGUAACUGAACCUGCAAACAUGAUCAUGACGAUUGUGCCCAACGCGGUUGCAACCUCGGCCAAUUUUGAGAGGAUCCAAGCCUAUCUACUCGAGUCACCUCGUACAGACAAGCGCCGUGUUCCGCCUCGACCUGCGAACGCAUUGGGAGCAGAUGUCACAGAAACUGCCGUAACUCUUAAUAGAGUAACAGUAGAAUCCGCAUCGACAAAAAAGACCCUUUUGGACGAUAUCAAUUUGGUGCUUCGUCGAGGAUCUAUAACUACGUGCUCUGGACCUGUUGGAAGCGGCACGUUCCCCGAAGGCGACGAUACCAUUGUUGGUAGUCGGGGGAUCAAUCUUUCAGGCGGACAAAGACAGAGACUGGCCAUUGCGCGUUUAGUAUACUCUCUUCACGAUAUUGUGGUAUUGGAUGAUCCGUUUAGCGCCUUAGAUGGCAACACAGAGAAUAUGGUAGUGGAUAAUUUGCUUGGACCGGAUGGAUGGUUCAAGAAGAAUAACACGGCGGUGUUUUUGGUCACAAACUCCGCCCAGCAUUUCCACGUUGCAGACGAGAUAUUGGUUCUCGAGAAAGGUCGCAUAGCAUCGCGAGGAUCAUGGGAUGCCUUGAAGUCCUCUUUAUCCGAGUUAUCCAAGUUUACAUUUACGGAAACAGCCAAGAAACCGGAAGCCGUUCUCAAGGUCACUAAAAAGGCGUCGCAGUCUAACGCGGACGCCGAGGAGGAUCUAUAUCGGAAGACGGGCGACUUCUCGCUUUAUUCAUACUAUUUCAAGGCUGCUGGUGUAUUCAACGUGGUUAUACUGCUUGGAUGUUCGGCCGGGUAUUCCUUUGGAAUGUUCUUUCCGCAGUAUCUACUCAAGUGGUGGACAGAAGGUUCCCCGGACAAGUCGACUUAUUACAUGGUUGGAUAUCUCUCGCUCGCUCUUCUUGCUUGGGUCGCAACAAAUGGCAGCACGUGGAGUACAAACAUCAUGCUAGCCCCGAGGUCUGGUGCAGUGCUACACCAAUCUCUUCUUCGGACGAUAUUUGGUGCACCGCUUUUGUUCUUUUCUACUACAGACAUUGGCGUUAUUCUCAACAGGUUCAGUCAAGACAUAUCAUAUGUGGAUAGACAACUGCCACUUGCGUUGAUAACUAUUUGUACUCAAAUCUUCAAGAUACUAGGCCAGCUUGUGCUAAUCAUCAAUAUUCAGAGAUGGCUUGCUCUCAGCCUUCCUAUCUGCGUCGCUGCCAUCUACCUCAUACAGAGACUCUACCUCAGGACCUCUCGCCAACUGCGAGUCCUCGAGCUCGAGUAUCAGUCAUCCCUCUACCAGUGGUUUUUAGAAACAGCGGAAGGUGUCGUCACGAUACGGUCUUUUGGCUGGUCUUUUGCAGCUGAACAGAAGAGUCUUGAUGCGCUGAACUGGUCUCUUCGUCCGCGCUAUGCUCUCAUGUGCGUUCAGCGGUGGCUGAGUCUCGUUCUUAACUUGAUUGUCAACGGAAUUGCGAUUGCAUUAAUUGCUCUUGCUGUGAAGUGGAGGGGGACCACGACUGGGGGAGAUAUCGGCGCAGCGCUCAACUUAAUUCUGUUCGCUAGCACGACCUUGGUGCGACUGGUGGAGUCUUGGACAUCUCUUGAGGUGGCUCUUGGCGCAAUUGCACGACUUAGGAACGUGGAGCUGUUUACUCCUCAGGAGGACCUACCUGGAGAGGAUCUUGUGACAUAUGCUGGGUGGCCAACUAAAGGAGAAGCUCAUAUUGCAGAUCUCGAUGCCGCAUAUAGCUCUGAUCAUCAAAUCUUGCACAACGUCAACAUCGAUAUUCAGGCGGGCCAGAAGCUCGUCAUUUGCGGCCGAACUGGCAGUGGGAAGAGUACAAUCCUCGCUGUUUUGCUGCGCUUGAUCGAUGGCACUGGAGUAGUCAAUGUGGACGGACAAGACCUGCUUCGCACCCCUAGGUCAAUCGUGCGACAGAAAUGUUUCAUAACCAUCACUCAAGAGCCAUUCUUGAUACCACAAGCUACCUUGCGAUUCAACCUAGACCCCCAUUCCAUCGUUUCCGAUGAAGUACUUCAGAUGGCCCUGCAAAAGGUGGGCAUCUGGUCGUCUUUUUCGAGCAGGAGUGACACAUCGGCAGAAGUACUGAACAGCGAAUUCUCCACACUGCCCGUAUUAUCCGUGGGACAGCAACAGCUGCUUGCUAUGGCUCGUGCCAUAGUCCGUAAGCAUGCUUUAGCUAAGUCGGAUUAUCCUGGUGUUGAUACGCCCAAGCCGCUUCUCCUCUUGGACGAGGCCACUUCGUCGCUUGACUCGGCUACAGAGGCGGCCAUUUACGAUGUUUUGGAGAGUGAAUUCAUACAGGCAGGAUAUACGGCCGUCAUUGUAGCUCAUCGACUUAGCGGGCUUGUGGGAAGAAUGAGACCAGAGAAGGAUAUGGUUGCUUGGGUUGCGGAUGGGAGAGUCAUAAAGGUUGGUCGGUACGAGGACAUUGCCACAUUUGCAGACUCAGAGUAG